UACUGUCACUUGCUGAUGAACCGAUAGCAUACGUCUCACCUUCCUCAGAACCCAUGGCCAAUGCAGUCUAGUAUCGCUUACAAAUAGCCAUGUUGCACCGUGACCCCCGAUCCAUCUCUCCCCAGACAUGGAUCCGUUGUUCCUGUUCAUUCAGCUGCUCCCUGUCCUCUGCUUCCUCACCCUGUACUACCACCACCUGCAAUCCAAGAAGACGAGCCCUUUGGAGCCGACCGAAUGGCCAAUAGUGGGGCAACUCCCCGGCUUGGUCGCCAACAUCCACCACUUCCACGACUGGGCCACCGGCGUCCUCCGCGGCGCGAGCUACAACUUCGAGGCCCGCGGCGGGCGCACCGGCCUGCGCUACUUCAUCACCUGCGACCCCUCCAACGUGCGCCACAUCUUCACGUCCAACUUCGCCAACUACCCUAAAGGCGACGAGUUCGCGGUGAUCUUCGACGUCCUCGGCGGCGGCAUCUUCAACGCCGACGGGGAGUCGUGGCGGCGCCAGCGGGUGAAGGCCCAGAUGCUCAUGACCGGUUCGCGGUUCCGGACCUUCACGGCGCGGUGCAGCCGCGACAAGGUGGAGAGGAGCCUCCUGCCUUUCCUCGCCCACGCCGCCGACGAGGGAGCGCCGUGCGACCUGCACAACGUGUUCCUGAGGCUCACGUUCGACAUGACAUGCACCCUCGUCUUCGGUGUCGACCCCGGGUGCCUGGCGAUCGGCCUGCCCGUGGUUCCCUUCGCGCGCGCCAUGGACGACGCGCUGGAGACGCUCUUCCUCCGGCACAUCACCCCCAUGCCGUGCUGGAAGCUGAUGAACAGACUGAAAGUGGGACAGGAGAAGAAAAUGGCCGCCGCUCGGAGGACGAUCGACUGCUUCGUCGCCGCCACCGUCGCGAAACGCCGGGCCGACAAGAUCGAACAAGGCAUCACCGAAUCGGCCGACUUGCUGUCGUCCUUCAUCUGCCACGAGAAGGACUCCAGCCACAACGAUGACGUGUUCCUACGCGACACGACGGUGAACCUCCUGCUCGCCGGCCGCGACACGACGGGCGCGGCGCUGUCGUGGUUCUUCUACCUCCUCUGCAAGAACCCACGCGUGGAGCAGAAAAUACUGGACGAGCUCGCGCCCGUGGCUUCGCGCAAGGUCACCGACGCCGCUGGCAUGGUGACCUUCGAGGCGAGCGAGCUCGGCAACCUGGUGUACCUGCACGCCGCCCUGUGCGAGUGCCUGAGGCUGUACCCGUCGGUCCCGUUCGAGCACAAGGCGGUGGUCGCCGACGACGUGCUGCCGAGCGGGAAGGAGAUGAAGGCGGGGGACAAGGUGCUGGUGUUCAGCUACUCCAUGGGCAGGAUGGAGGGCGUGUGGGGCAAGGACUGCGCGGAGUUCCGGCCGGAGAGGUGGCUCGGCGACGAGGCGGGGACGAAGCUGCGGUACGAGCCAUCGUACAAGUUCAUCUCCUUCAACGCCGGGCCCCGGACGUGCCUCGGCAAGGAGAUGGCGUUCGUGCAGAUGAAGACCGCGGCGGCGGCCGUGCUGUGGAACUUCGCCGUGGAGCUCGUGCCGGGCCACGUCGUGGAGCCCAAGCUGUCCAUCAUACUCCACAUGAAGAAUGGGCUCGCCGUCAGGGUCAGGAGAAGGGACGACGUCGCGCGUCACGGCUGCUGCUAGCUCCUGACUGAUCAACACGUCUCCGCGCGCCAUGUGAGCACUAGUGUGAGUUUGGAAUCUACCAAUGCAACACGUUGCGUGACACGUAUCAGUAUGCAUGUGUGCGUAGCAUCUAUGUGCGUAUGUUAGUUUGGUGUAUUUGCACUAGCCGGAAAUACGGGUCUUCCAUGCACGCCAGCAUAUAUGUGCAUACGUAGUAGGUUGCUUCAGCCAUAUGACGUGAAGGUACCAGUUUCUGUGGGAGUCACCAACUUCCCCAUGCUGGCUUUGUUUCAA